AUUGCAAAACAAAAGUGCGUGAAUUUGGUUGAUUUCAAUUUUAAACCCGGAAUGCUAAAUAAAUAAGAAAUAAUCACUAAUUGCUCAGCUUAACAAUGUCUUUCCUAAACACUUCAUCGGUUCUGCUGCGAACUUUAUCGCGAUCUUUAGUUUAUGCCACUCCACAUCGUCACGUUCAUCGCUGGGUUGGACCAACAUUGCGUGAACUGAAAUGCCGCCGAGAGAAAAUGGGUCCAGAAGCUGAGCAGCCCCGUUCCAAUCACAGCGACUGGAACUACAAUGCGGAGUUGUUUGCAUUCGGCAAACGUUUGUCCGAACAGUUUGACAGCAAACUGCUGCAGCAAGCCCUCACCCAUCGUUCGUUUAUUGCACGAGAAGAGCAAAGGCAGACCGAGCUGGGAAUCGAAAAGCCCGAGCUGGGUUUGAAGGAUAAUCGCGAGCUGAUCGAGCAUGGCAGGAAGCUUAUCGAUGAUUUUGUUCAAGCGUUUCUGCUGACUGCCCUGCCAAGGUUGCCCCGGGAGGGGGUUCGUUCGAUUGCCACACAUCUUACCGCCGACGACAGGCUGGCGCACGUUUCGAAACAUCUUGGGAUGAAAGAUAUAAUUUUAGCGGCGGAGUUCCCCAUCAAUGAACAACUGCUUUCGGAAACGCUCAAGGCUGUGGUCGGUGCUUUGCACCGAUCAUCCGGUGAGGAACGUGCGUUCCUCUUCGUGCGGGACUUUAUCUGCACUCAGCUGAAUCAGCAAGACGUUAACGAAUAUUGGAAGAUUGACGAUCCACUGGAGUUGCUGAGGCAAUAUUGUCAGGAGAAAAAACUGGGUGAACCGGAGCCACGUUCCAUUGGUUUGGUCGGGAAAAAUACCCUGCUGGCGGCACACAAUGUGGGCAUCUACUGCAACAAGCAGUUUAUGGGAUCGGGAUUCGGUGAGGAUGUACAUACGGCCGUACAGGAGGCGGCCUGGGACUGCCUCCGGCAGUUGUUUGGUACUACACUGGAUAUGAAGCCGAUCGAUUUCGGCUUGGAGUUGGGUGACGUUAGUAAAAAUUUAAGGCAAAACAAAGCCGAAAAGUUGUAGCGUAACGGAAUUUUAACAGUAAACU